CUUGUUCAAGAAGAAGAGGGAGGAACAAAUGCCAUCAAUUUCGUUCAGAAUCUACUUGACCUUAAAGAUAGGUUUGACCAUUUCCUCCAUAAUUCUUUCAACAAUGAUAAAAUCUUCAAGCAGAUGAUUGCAUCAGAUUUUGAACAUUUUCUCAACUUGAAUCCGAAGUCACCAGAGUACCUAUCUCUCUUCAUAGAUGACAAACUGAAAAAAGGAGUAAAAGGGAUGACAGAAACGGAAAUUGAGUUGGUGCUGGACAAGACUAUGGUACUGUUUAGAUUCCUGCAAGAGAAGGAUGUAUUUGAGCGCUAUUAUAAACAGCAUUUAGCCAAGAGGUUAUUACUCAAUAAGUCUGUGAGUGAUGACAGUGAAAAGAACAUGAUCUCUAAGCUGAAGACUGAGUGUGGUUGCCAGUUCACUUCAAAGUUAGAAGGCAUGUUCAAGGACAUGACAGUAUCUAAUACUAUAAUGGAAGAAUUCAAAGUUCACCUUCAGACAUCAGGGACAAAUAUGCAUGGUGUCGAUUUAAGUGUUCGAGUCCUUACAACAGGUUUCUGGCCAACACAAAGUGCCACACCAAAAUGCAGUAUUCCUACUGCUCCUCGUAAUGCAUUUGAAGCAUUUAGGAGAUUCUACCUUGCAAAACACACUGGUCGACAGUUAACACUUCAGCCUCAGUUAGGUUCCUCAGACUUGAAUGCUGUCUUUUAUGGACCACGUAAAGAAGAAGGUGAAGGCAAAGAUGGGGCAAGCUCUUCAACGAACGUGGUGUCGGUAUCAUCACAGCGAAAUAAUGGACCUCGUAAACACAUCAUCCAAGUUUCAACGUACCAGAUGUGUGUUCUUAUGCUCUUCAACAACAGGGACAAACUUAAUUAUGAGGAAAUCCAAAGUGAAACCGAUAUACCAGAAAGAGAUUUGAUCCGUGCCUUGCAGUCUUUAGCUAUGGGUAAAGCUACACAGAGGAUCCUAAUUAAAACCCCUAAAACAAAAGAUAUUGAACCAAAUCAUAUAUUUUUUGUGAAUGACUCUUUUACUUCAAAACUUCACAGAGUAAAAAUCCAAACAGUUGCUGCGAAAGGUGAAUCUGAGCCUGAGCGUAGAGAAACUAGAAACAAAGUGGAUGAAGAUAGAAAACAUGAAAUUGAGGCUGCUAUUGUGAGGAUAAUGAAGGCACGUAAACGGAUGCCUCACAAUGUAUUGGUUGCUGAAGUGACAGAACAACUGAAGAGUCGGUUUCUGCCAUCCCCAGUUAUCAUAAAGAAGCGAAUAGAAGGACUCAUAGAAAGAGAAUACUUAGCACGGACACCGGAAGAUAGGAAAGUCUACACGUACGUUGCUUGAAAAUGACACCAAGACAUUCAACAGUGUUUAUCUUCAGAGAAUAAUCUGCAUCCAGAAUAUUGGAUCCUGCAGUUACAUAUACUCCAGGCAGUUUUUUAUGUGCUUUGGAGAACCAAGAGUAAUACAGCAUGCUAUCAUCCCAUCCUGUGCAUGGCUACUGGCAGAAUUUAUUCAAACACCUGUUACACUAAAGAGUUAUUAGCUAAAUAUAAAUAUUAAAUUAUUAUUAUUAUUAAUAAAUACUACGUUUUAUGUGUUUUUCUUAUGAGUUUAUUUUUAUUUUGCCAUGUGUUAGUUGAAUGACUAUAUCUGUUUCUAGAAAGUUAAAAGAAGAAAAGAAUAAAUAAGGUCCAGUACAUUUAACACAGUACAGGAGAUUUUUUUCCUAUUAUGAUCUGGAUUAUAUUUCUGACUGUGAUAAAAAUUAGGUAACUGUAUGUGUACAGUCACACACUAGGAUAAAAAUUACAGCUACGUAUUGCAUGUUGGACAUACACAUUUGUGCAGCAGCAAAUGAGAGGUGAGAGCAGUGAAUCUAAAAGUCUGCCAUUGGUGUUUGAUCCUGAACAAUUUAAGUGCUGUGUUAUGUGGAACAGAAGAUAAUGACGGUCCCUAUAUCAAGCUUUUCAGUUUAUAAUUGAAAACCUGGACCUAAUGGGAUUUAAUGGUGGAAGAUUUGGCUAUGAAUUAACAGCAUCUUGGUAGCUGUAUUGCAGUAAUGCCUGCUUCCAUCAAUGCUCUCGUUUUGAAUGAAUGUUUUCAGCGAAGAAUUUUUUAAUAUAUAGACACUGACUAACAAUUAUGAAGUUAAUGAUUUGGCCUUAUGUGGGAAGUUUGCUAGUUUCUUUUAAUUUGAGCUUUUUGUGACUGCUAAUCUUAUAUUUCAGUCAGUCUUCUUUUAGGAUACUUUCUACCAGAACAUGAUAUGAUAUUUUCAGAUACUAUGUGUGGCAGUAUGCCAUUUCCAUACCCUUCCAAGGACAAAGCAAUCAGGAUUUGUAAGUGUAUGAACAAACACUUCUGUGUAGCAGCAGCAGCAGAAGUGUCUUUGUGAAUGAUCAUUCUUCAGUUAUGAUUCUCGAGUUAAAAAAUAAAAGCUCCAAGGAUACAUCAGUUGCUAUAGUUUUAUUUUAUUGUGUGUAUUUAAAUAUACAAGUUGAAGUAAUUCAUGCAAACAGUUCAUGAAGAAACCUUAGUUUUAUAAAAAAGAAAAUUUGUUGAUUUGUUGUUCACUCUCGGUCCAAAUUAUUCCUUGUAUUUCUGUGUGUAAAUUGAGAUAAAUUGCACUUUUUAUUA